CUAUUAUUAUGUCAUCUGUCAAAAUGACCAAAUUAUAUUUUUAAUUUUGAUUUUUGACAGUCCUGUCUUGGAUCUUUCCGUUUUAAUCAGGCAUAUCAUGUUAAGAUAACCUCGCAGCCUUACGUAAGGCAUCUACGAAAUGGGUAGUACAGUAUCAACAGAGGCGGAGAAGCCUAGAAAUUUUGCCAAAAAUGUUAAUCCACCCGCAGAAUGCCCUAUGCACAAUAAAAUGGAAAAUCAAGAGAAAAAGGCAGAAUCACGCCCAUCAGAAUGUCCCAUCCAAAGAGAUGAUGUUAAUCCUUACAACAUGAUGCCUCCAGCUAAUCAACAACCUGCACCAGACCAACCAUUUGAGCUUCCUACUCAGAGACAAGUAUCCAGUAUCCCUCGUGCUAUGCCUGAUGGAUCCACCGAAUUCUGGGUAUAUCCAAGUCAACAAAUGUUUUGGAAUGCAAUGUUACGCAAAGGUUGGCGUUGGAAGGAUGAAGACAUUAAGCCUAAGGAUAUGGAUGAUAUCAUCAAAAUUCAUAAUGCCAACAAUGAACAGGCAUGGCUAGAGGUCUUGAAGUGGGAAGCCUUACAUGCCAAGGAAUGUGGACAUCCCAGACUUAAGAGUUUUGGAGGAAAGGCAACCCAAUACAGCCCUAGAGCUCGUAUUCGAUCAAUGCUUGGAUAUGAGUUGCCUUUCGAUCGUCAUGAUUGGAUUGUAGACAGAUGUGGUAAAGAAGUACGAUACAUAAUUGAUUAUUAUGAUGGUGGUGAAGUUGACAGUAAAAAUGAGUUUGCCCUGUUAGAUGUCAGGCCAGCCAUGGAUUCAUUUGAAAAUGUCUGGGACAGAAUGAAAGUUAUGUAUAUGAGAUACCGGUUUGAGUUGUUGGAAAAUAAAGAAAACCCCAAAAUUACAAAUUGACCUUAAUAUGUUGCCAUCUUUAUAUUUUUGAGAGAGUAAAAUCUCAUUGUUUCUUAUGUGACUGUAAAUGGAAUACCUAACAAUAUAUAUAGGAAACAAAUAACCUUACUUAAUUUCCCAUUAAAGUCACUGAAAAUGUGUUAUAUUUGAAUUCUUAUUGUUUUUAAUUAAGAUUGCUCACUGAUCAUACAAGUUCCCUACUUGUGAUCAGUUGAGUUUAGAGGGGAAAUAAAAUUAAAAAUUAAGACACUACAGAGCACUUGAAAUAAUUUUUAUUAAAUAUGUAGGUAUAGAAUUUCCCGAAAAUUCUUAUUGUGUCUAAUUUUGUCAAUUAAAAAAGCAAUAGCAUUUUCACUCACACACACACACACAUCAAUCACCUGUAUAAUAUCAUACUACAAAGGAAAAAGGUAUAUUGAUUUCUUAUUAAGUCCCACCACUGUUAUGUAUUACUUAAAUUAUUCUUAUUAAAUUUCUAUGUGGAGUUGUUCUGUGAACAGAAAUAAUUGUUACUGCAGUGACUCUUUGUGAUUUAACAUUAUUCACUUCAUUGUUUCACAAUUAUUUUCACUAUGUACUAAUCAGUAGUUUAAUUGGAUGUAGACUAGAGAAAUGUUGGUAAUUUAUUAUUAGAGUCAAUGAUCGCAAUAAUUGACUUGAGAUUGUUUGUAGAUAUGCAUGUUUCAAAAACUGGGUAGGUACUUCAUAGUGCUUACAAAAGUUGUGAAUAAUUUUGAGGAGUGUUGAAAAUAUUGCUUUUUAUCUUAUCAUAUAAUAAAUUAUUAAAAUUG